GCCCAAUGAGCUGGCGAGAACGUGGCAACCACCUAAGAGACCGCGUCUGCUCCAGCUCGCGUUUUGAGAACCCUGGCUCCGCCCCGGAGUGGGAUUCUCUAUGUGUCGCCAACCGAGGGGUGGAAUCGUGUGUCUGCUGUCCUUGAAGCCUGGGAGAGAAAAUCCCGGACCCCCCGUUUCCUGUGGAUCGUAGUGGCAACCUGGGGGGUGGUCCCCGCCCGCCCGCUUCCUGCCUCCGCGUUCCCCAGGCCGCGGCCGCGCCCGCAGGUUUGAUGCUGCGUCUGACCGAGCGGAACAUGAAGCUGCUCGUGGUGGCCGCCUUCGUCUUGGGCUCGGUGCUUUUCUUGCUCUUGCCGGGAUUCUCCGUGGCAGACGAGAAGAAGAAGGGGCCCAAAGUAACCACCAAGGUAUAUUUUGAUCUUCAAAUUGGUGAGGAAAAUGCAGGUCGAAUUGUCAUCGGUCUCUUUGGGAAGACAACUCCAAAGACAGUGGAAAAUUUUGUGGUUUUGACCACAGGAGAGAAAGGUUUUGGCUUCAAGGGCAGCAAAUUUCACCGUGUGAUCAAGGACUUCAUGAUUCAAGGUGGAGACUUCACUCGUGGUGAUGGCACAGGAGGAAAGAGCAUCUAUGGCGAUCGUUUCCCUGACGAGAACUUCAAACUGAAGCACUACGGACCUGGCUGGGUGAGCAUGGCCAAUGCCGGCAAGGACACCAAUGGCUCCCAGUUCUUCAUCACCACUGUCAAAACUCCGUGGCUGGAUGGCAAACAUGUGGUGUUUGGCAAAGUUCUAGAAGGCAUGGAUGUGGUACGAAAGGUGGAAAACACCAAGACAGAUGGGCGGGACAAGCCCCUGAAGGACGUGACAAUAGCUGACUGUGGCACGAUUGAAGUGGAGAAGCCUUUUGCCAUUGCCAAGGAGUAGGAUCCCCUGGAGACCUGCUGUAUAGGCUGUGCAGGAAGCACCCCUCAGUCUGGGGACUGGGGCCUGGUCUGGGCUCCUCGUACAGCCCGUGGUGCUGACAUCUGACUGAGCUGACCCAGAAUCCAUCCUUACAUUCCACAGCCCCUCAGGCCCGGUUUUGUAAAGGAACACAUGCCAAUAAAGAAGAAAACAUUUUUUAAUAGAAAGUGAGUGGGCCGGGUUCAUCCCCUGCCCUUAAUAAGCAUCUAAGCUUAGCCCAGCCUAGAACCACCAUCCCCAUGGAAGUUCUUGAGGGAAUAGUAGGGCUUGUUUCCUGUAGAACUGGGUUCCUUCCUUUGCCUCCCUUCUCUUCUUUCUCCCUUCCCCUAUGCCUUCGGAAGCAGGCCAGAGAGCUCUUCCUGCCCUGGGCCUGGGCCUGGGCCUGUCCAGCAACUGCAUUUCCAAGGAGUGACGUUUUUGCUUCACUUGUCAGCAUCCGACCUCAUUCUCAGCUCCAUGCUCUCACCUUGUACAAUAGGCCCUUGCUUCUUCCCCGCUGUGGUUCCUUUCCUCCAAUAUAAACAGCCCGUUUUCUGGGGCUCAUCCCCAAGA